UUAUUUUUUCGUUUUAAUCUCCAGAGCUAAUGUUGUUUUUGUAACUAUGGGUAACAGUGUCAGGAGUAGGAGGGUUGCUUCAAAUAUAAGGGUAUGUAUGGACAAAACAGCUGCUCUGGGUACAUUUAGGGAGUUAAAAUAGACAGACAUGUACUAUAUAUUUAUAUUUAUCUUUACUAAACAAAUGUUGAUAAUUGUCAACCUUUUAACAAAGAAAAUCAUCUCAGCAUCUGGAAAAGAUGAUGACUUCAAAUAAGACUCAAACUGAGAAUAUGUUUCUCUGCUAUCCACUCCGGCCAAACUCCUGUCCAAAACUGCAACGUCUUACUGUUGUUAAAGUGGCAAUGUAUGCUUUCUUUGUGCUGAUGAUCCUCACAACAGUUUUUGGGAACCUGCUGAUCAUCAUCUCCAUCUCUCACUUCAAACAGCUUCAGUCUCCAACUCAUCUGAUCGUUCGCUCUCUGGCUGCCAGUGACUGUCUGCUGGGCUCUUUGGUCAUGCCGUACAGCAUGGUGCGAUCUGUUGAAGGCUGCUGGUAUCUGGGAGAUUUUGUGUGUAAAGUUCAUUAUAGUUUAGACAUGACCUUCUGUAUCUCCUCAUUACUGCAUCUAAGUUUAAUAUCUGUUGACAGGUACUGGGCCAUUUGUUACCCUCUAAGAUACAGAAUGAGGGUCACAAUCAGCACUGUGACUGUAUUUAUUACCUUCAUAUGGCUGUUUUCAUUUGUGUACAGUUUCUCUAUUGUGUUUUCAGGGAUAAGUGCAGUUGGAUUAGAGAUGGUUAUAUUGCAGACUUACUGUGUGGGAAAUUGUGUUGUGCUUUUUAACAAGGAGUGGAGUAUUAUAUGUCCAGUUCUUGUAUUCUUUCUUCCUGGGACAAUCAUGAGCUCUCUGUAUGUAAAAAUCUUCUAUGUUGCACAAAAACAUGCAAAAGUUAUGUCAGAAAGAGUGACUGGAGGGUUGAAGAGCCAAAGCUCUGCUCACAGAGAGAGAAAAGCAGCUAAAACUCUGGCCAUUGUCAUUGGUGUUUUUUUGUUCUGCUGGCUGCCUCUUUUUACUGCAUCUGUUCUCGACACUUUUUUAAAUUUUUGGACCCCAGCUGUUGUUUUUGAUGCUUUGUUUUGGUUUGCAUAUUUCAACUCGACUUGUAACCCCUUGAUUUAUGGAUUUUUCUACCCUUGUUUUCAGAAGGCCUUUAAGAUUCUCAUAUCCACUUAUAUCUGUGGCAUCAAACAUUCUAACACAUUAAUAUUUGAAUGAAUACUGCUCUCACACUAAUUUCAGGCAUCACAAUAAAUGUUUAUUUUUAUAUAAUUUUUUAUUUCAUAUAUAUGCUGAAACCAUUUUGCAAAUGUCUUUUACUGGAAGCAGUCUUGAUAUUUUUAGUAAUCUGAUGAAAAAGAGGGGCAUGCAUGCAGGGUUUGCACUAUAUUCAAAAUAUAUUUCAAUUAUUACAAAACAACCUAAAUAGCCUGCAUUUUUGUGAAAUUAACAUUAUAAAUUUUAUUUAAUACAUUAAACUCUUUUGAUCACAUUUCAGUGGGUUUACAUUAAAAUAGUCUCCCUUUAGAAAAGCAGUCAUUUUUCAGGAGUUUGUUUGGUUUAAAUUUCCUGAUUAAGAUCCAGAUGAUUAAGGGAAGUAUCCUCAACUGAACCAACCUGGUCACACUUACAUCUUCUGUUUAAAAACUGAAAAGAGAAAAAAAGACAUGACUGACAGAAAACCAGUUAUAAUUUGAAAGUUAAAAUGUAUAGACAUUUUAAGAAAGAUAUGACGUGGUCUACCGGUUGAGUGUGUGUUGACGGUCUUUGUAGUUGGAUGGUGGAGCUCCAAAAACUCAAUAAUGAAGUGGCUCUGAAAGGAUUUUUUAACAGUUACAAAAAAAAAAAAAAAAAACUAAGCUCUUAAAAAAAGGGGGACCAUUUAUUAUCAAAUGGUUCUUCAAAAUAUGAGUCUAAAUAAAACUGUUACUGUUUGCAGAGAACCUUUAAUAAAAAUAAAUCAUUUGAUUGAGAAUUUAGUGUGCGUGUUUGCAGCACAAACUCCAAUCUGUGUGUUUUUUAUGAAAACAACAAAUUGACUGGAACUACCUGUUCACACACCAAGUUUAGGUCUAUUCCUUGCAGUCAGAACAGAUUUGGAUUACAGUGCACAAAUAAAUUUGAUUUGUUUUGUAAUUGUUGUAUUUUUUUUUAAUUAUUUUAUGGUUCUAUUGUCAGUAACAGCAUUUAAGAGAAAAUGGCUAGAUGAAUAAAGUAAAUAUUGCAUGAUAAGUAAUGAUUAAAUGAUUGCAGAAGUGUUUUUCAUUUAUCUUGUUUAGGAUUAAACGAGUUGGCAGCAGAAAUCACACAGCAGAACAAAAUGUUAUCUUUUCAUAUUAAGUAAAUGAAAAAUGUUGUUUAAUAAAUUCAGGUGAAAACAAUGCCACUGAUAUGACAACUGAAUGCAAUAUAAUAAAAAUGUUAAUGACGCAUUUGCAGUAUAAGUAUUCAUUUGUAAGUCUGUAAAGUUGUUCAUACAUAAUUUACAUUUAAGGUGUUGUCAGUCCGUCAAUAUUGUAUGUUUAGUACAUCUGUAUUGUACAUUUCAGCGUCUCUGCAAAUUAAAGUAAAUGUACAGUUUGAAGAGACGGAAGCAUCAGCGCAAGUUCUACUAGGAAGAGUUAAUGCCACAUCACAUAUUACAAUUAGUAAUAUCUUUAAUGUCUUUGUGUUUCCAAAAGUUUCUGUUUUUCUGUGAAAACAACUCUUUUCAUACAACAAUAGCUGGAUGCUUUUGUCCAUAUUAGCAUGAGUGUUUAGCGCUCGUUGAUGAUAAUCUCACCUUAUUCUGGGUCUGAAUAAAAUAUCAGGUCAUGCGCAGACUAUCCUGUCUCUUUGAGUUUAAAUCUAUAUUUAUUCACACCAGCUGUUGAAAACCUAUAUGCGAACACAUUUGACUGAAAAAGUGCAGGGGACGAAUUUCCGUGAUAUUAAAAGUGGGGGGAGACAUGUCCCCUGGGUAAUCUAUGCCUCUGACUAGUCCAAUCGCAUUUCAAGAGGGGUUCCCUGGUAAAAUUCGCAUUCUAGGCGCUAAAUAUCACAUUAUUGGGGUCGCUUCAACCCAUGGACAUGAAAAGCAACUUGCAGCAACAGUGUUAAAAUAGCCCAAUUCCGUAUAAAAAAGGAGGACUUGGCAACGCUGGUGCUUUCCAAGCUGUCGCAUCGGCGCUGCUUGGGUCUCAAUCUACAAAAUAUUUAAUCUAUACGCUCACGUGAACCUGCAUGCAAGAAGUCUCUCCGGCCUACAGUCGGAAACAACGCUGCCGGUCUCCUUCUGCAUCUCGUCUUUAUCACUUCAUCAGCCUACACCAUUAUAAGUAUCAUUUUUGUUUUAUGCACUUGUGGCACUUGGGCAAAUUUUAUUCUCUGCAAGGUUAUUUACUCACACGUUUAAGAUAAAGCUCUUGGUGUUGCAUGAUUGUUUGUUUAUCUAGCAGACUAGCACUGCAUAAUUAAGAUGUUGAUCAAACUAAUACAUUCAAUGUUUGGAACAGCUCUUUUGUGAUGAGGCAUUUUGAAGCUCAUUAUUAUAGGCUUACAAUCUUUACACUGAUAAAGAUUGUUGCUUGCAUUAUUCCUUUUUGUAAAAUAUGCUACGUCUAGCACACUGUAAGGUAUUUUUUGUCGUGAUCAUGCUUUUGUCUUUGUUUAUUCAGUCAUUGUUUCAUUUGCGUCUAUCUACAACAAUUCUUGAAUGCCUUGUACUGGAAUGGGGUAAGUAUUACGACUUAAGUCUCUCCUGUUGCAUAGACCAUUUCUGCAAAGAGGUCCUCGUUGUCUAUUUCUGCAAGAGCGUCCUCUGAAU